AUGGACAGCAUGAUCUUUGGCCAGCAAAAUUUAAAAUAUCUUCAUACUGUACAUAUCCAACAAAUUUUAGCAGAUUCUGGAAAAAAUCCGGAUCAAAUAUUAGCUGGAAUUUACAUAAGAGAUUUUGAAGAAAGUUGGAGGAACAGAAUUAUAAAAGUAUUUGAUAAAUGCCUUCGGCAAAAUUUUUCUUUCUGGAUCUUUGGUGAUACUGCUCAAAAUCGGCCAUUGAGAUGUUCGCCAAGGCAUUCAUCAAAACAAUCAGUUACCUCUGGAAAUAAUAACCGUGAGCACAAUAUCUUGCAGGGCUUAUUGCAAGAAUUAUCUACACCU